UUACCGUCAUGAGAAAAAGGAGAAGUGGCAAUAAAACAGGUCAUAAUCAGUCACCACAGAGGGAACAGAGACAGAGAAGCGUUAGAAACCAAGAGUUUAAAGAGAAUAAAUACAUAAUACUAAAGGUGUCGUGUGUGAGCGCGUUAAUGCCAACGUGCUGGAUUAGUUAUUUCGAUUAAAUAUGGUUUUUGAAUGCAGAGGUUAAAUUGAAAAUUCCAGUGUGAUAAAAGUGCUGUUUACACUGAACACUUACCGGGUUGAUCAUGGAACGAGUUUUGACUUUAGUAUUCCUGUGUGUGCUUUCUGCAUGGGCAGAAAUCCCUGAUGUUAUGGAAGUUUCAGUAAUUGGUCGAACAGAGACAGAAUUAACAUUUAAAUGGAAAGUUGAAAACAGCAGUUACAGUUAUAUACUGGCAACAAAUGACAUUGUCUUAAAAAUCAAUGCAUCAGAAAGUGAUUAUUUAAAUUAUACAGUCCCGUCUCUGUCUCCUGGGACUAACUACACUUUCACACUCUACACUGUGUUUGAGAAUUAUACAAGCCAAGGAUUUCACUUUUCUGAAGUAACUGUUCCAUCUGAUGUUGACAGUGUUUCAGUCAUCAGUCGGAAAGAGAAUGUGAUAACAUUACAAUGGAGUAAAGUCAACAGCAAUGAUUACGAUUAUGAGCUGAAAUACAGGGAUGAAGAAAACUCUUCAGUAUCUAUAGUACCAGCUGAUUCUACAGUGGAUUGUAAUGUCACGUCUCUGCGUGCUGGGACAGAAUACUCCUUUGUGCUCUACACUGUGUUUGGAGAUGUAAAGAGCAGUGGAUACAACUUCACCAAUGUAACCAUGCCAUCUAAUGUUCUAAAUGUGACUGUGAAGAGCAAUGACACUGACAUUAUCUUACAAUGGGAUGUUGUAUCAAACAUAGACAACAACACAUACAGAUACACUCUUGAAAACAGAGAUGAACCACCAGUGAAUUGCCCUAAAAACAUUGCAGAAGGAAAUAAGGUAACAUGUCACAUAUCACAUUUGAUUCCUGCAACAAAUUACAGCUUCACUCUGUACACAGAGUUUGCUGAUCUGAGAAGUACUGGAUUCAACUUUUACAGCAUGACGACUCUAUCUGACAUAACUGGAGUUACAGUCAAUCGGUUACAGACAGAGUUGAUUAUCUCAUGGAAUAAGUUAAACAAUAAUGACAUCUACAACUACACCGUGAAAAGUCUGGGAGAGGGGAGUGAGAAAAAUUUCACUGGAUCUGCUGUGGAUGAUGUGAUUUCAUAUAGUUACUCAUCUCUCACAGCAGGGACUGAACACCAUUUUACUCUUUUUACUGUGGUGAACAAUGUCUUAAGUAGAGGAUACAGCUUUAAGAACAUCACGACCCUUAACUGUGCGUCCUUUAACUGGAAAGUUACCAACUCAUCAAUAGAGGCUGAAGUGAAUGGUUGCACACAUGUGAAAGCUAUAAACAGCACUGGAAGUGAUACAAAUGGCCUUGUAAAAGACAACAGGGUGAAUCUGCAAGACCUGUAUCCUGGAGGAAACUACACUGUUUCGCUGUUUUAUGAGCUCGAGUCAAAGCAGCUGCUUCAAUGCUCACACCACCUGACAUUAGUUCCAUAUAGCGUAUCUCAUCUCCGCUGCGAAUAUCAUUCUGGAGGGUAUGGUCUGGCUGUAAUUUGGGAUGCUCCAGAUGGAGUUGUGGAUGUGGUGCAAGUGGAUGUUGGUCAACAAAGUCUCAACAAAUCACAUAGUUCAGAAAAAACAAUAAGACAGGAGAUAAUUGGCCUGCAAGCUGCCCAGUGGUACAAAGUGGCAGCAUCAUCAUUUUCUGGAGCCAUGAGGAGUCAAACAGUGUCAAUCAACUGUCAAACAAAUCCAGCAGGUGUUAUAGCAGGAGUUCUUGUGUUUUUCCUCUUGGUCAUCAUUAUUUGUGUAGCUGUAUUUGCAUGGCACCGCUAUGGUUCUGCAAAGCAUAAUAGAAUGUCCAACCAACAUGUGGAGUCAAAAGUGCCUAAUAAAAACAAACUGAUUCCCUUGGAUAAAUUUUCUGAACAUUAUCAAAACAUGAGCCGUGAUGAGAAUAGAGGUUUCAGUGAGGAAUAUGAGGACUUGAGUUCAGUUGGUAUAGAACAGUCUAGUAUAGCAGCUCUUCUGCCUGAAAACAAGGACAAAAACCGAUUUUCCAAUGUUUUAGCCUAUGACUCCUCUAGAGUGCAUCUCACCACAAAGGAUGAGGGUGAUUCUGAUUAUAUCAACGCUAACUACAUGCCCGGCUACGGCAAUGCAAGCAGACAGUAUAUCGCUGCUCAAGGUCCACUGCCAUCCACUGUCAAUGACUUCUGGAAAAUGGUUUGGGAGAAAAGGUCACAGGUCAUUGUCAUGGUAACCAACUGCACUGAGAGUGGAAGGGUCAAGUGUGAGCAAUACUGGCCACUGGACUACACGCCGUGUCUCUAUGAGAACCUGCUUGUCACAGUGAAAUCGGAGGAUAAAUUUCCAAAUUGGACUCUGCGAGAAUUUAAUGUCAAAAAUAAAGACACCUCCGAGACACGAACAAUGAGGCACUUCCACUUCACAGCAUGGCCGGAUCAUGGUGUUCCCGCUGGCACAGAGGAGCUGAUCCAAUUCAGAAGACUCGUCCGUCAGCACAUAGAGAGCUCUUUCUCUGCAGGGCCGACGAUUGUACACUGCAGUGCUGGAGUGGGCCGGACAGGUACCCUGAUAGCGCUGGACGUCCUGCUACAGCAGGUCCACAAAGAGAAGGCCGUGGGAAUUGCAGAAUUCGUCAAGCAAAUGAGACUCAGCCGGCCACUAAUGGUGCAAACUGAGUCUCAGUAUGUGUUCCUGCACCAGUGCAUCAUGGAUAGUCUACAACCCAAAGCUGGGCCUAAGUCAGAGCCUCUCUAUGAAAACACAGACAUGAUCUAUGUUAACGCAAUAGCGUUAAAAGAAUAUGACAAACAAAGUCAAAUAUGAACAGAAUUAUAAGCCAUAUCAUAUAGUCCAAUGGCCCAUUUCAAAUACAUACCCUUCAAUAAAUAAAAACUGUAUAUUAUUAUUAUUAAUAUAAACACUCUAAGCCUAAGCUAUAAAGCACUAAAAGUUUACCAUUUAAUCUUUACUGCCAUUCUUUAUUUAUCUAAAUAGCUGUGUAUAGGCUUGUUUUUUUGCUUCAUAACCCGUGGCCUCUGAAAGGAAACCUUCCUUUGAGCUGUACUUAAUGCUGCUUAUUUUGCACAUUGCUUUUAAAUGAGAAUUUUUUGUUAAAAUUACAAUAAGAGAUGGUCUAUUUAAUGUCAGUUGAAUUCCAUUUGUUUUAGUUUAAUACCGAAGUAUUUUUCCAUCACUUUUUAUUUUGCCAGUGUCAUGUGUUCUCAGCUGCCUGUCGUAUAACGCGCUUUAAAGGAUUCGCUUAUCUAAAGACGAUAAUUGUGUAAUUAUUUACAUCAGGACUGGGUACCCUGAUUUAAAUAAUGUCAUAUCUGUAUGUAAAAACAGAUUUUUUCAGAGCUGCCGAUAAGGAGUAAGGUUUUGCUUCACAGAUAUGGUUUCUGCAAACUGUUGUCAUAUGGAAAGAGUUGUGUAAACAUACUUCAAAACACUUUAUAUUAAACUACCAAUCAGUUUAAAAUUAAGUUUCCAGUCACAUUCAGUCGAAUUUAUGUAACUUUCACAUUUGCCUUCACAUAUUUGGGUAAAUAAUGUGUGUUGUGUUACCUGCUUUGGUAUUUGCUGUCAUGUAAUUUUUUUGCACUUUAUUAAAAACCAAUUUAACUGAACUGUAACUUUUGAACAUAUUUACAUGUCCUAACCAGGCACAACAUGAUAUGUUUCCAGCCAUGAGCAAUUUGUAAACAACUUAAUUUUAAAAAGUACCAGUUAUUAACAUUUUCUGGACCUGGUAAUACAUGUUUUCAGACACAACCAUGGCAACUCUUGUGGUGUAUAUAUAAAUAUGAUAAUUAUUCACUAUUGCGCUGAAUGUGGAAGUACCUCUGGUAUUAACAGCUGAUAGCAUCACUGAGCAAUGGUACCACUGCAACACCAUUUCUUGUAACAGACUUAUUAUUUAAAGUCUUCCAUAAACAUUUCGUUUUUAUUCACAUCACAUGUUGACAAAUAUUAGUGUAUUAGCAUUAACUUAUUUUGAUCAAUUAUUGAUUAAUUGAAUAAAACUGUGAAGAAUCAACUGGCAUUGGCAUGCAUUUGUCUGUGUUAAUUUCAUUAAUAGUAUUUAGUACAUGGUUUAAACUGUAAUGGUUUCUGGCUUUUUGCUAUCACAACUGUUCUUUUCCAUCUGGUCACAGCUUAUUUGCCUUCAUCCUCUGCAAUAUUAAAAAACAUUUCUAUCAUUUCA